AUAACAUGACUGCACAAUCUCGAAUGGUUGUGAAUAUUCUUUUUAAUGUACAGUGAAUGAUCUGUUUCACGGAGUUAUGAAUUUGUAGGGAUAAACAGACAUUAAGUUUUUAUUGGGUUAAAUAUCUUGGUAAAAAUUAUCUGACUCAUGUCCUUGGGAAACUUUAAAACAACAACAUUUUGAUAAAAUUGUGGAUGAUGUGUUUCAAUUGAACCGUUAUAUGCAUGCGAAUUGCAAUACCUUUGUCCAAAAGAAAAAGACCGAUAAAUGCAUCUGAAACGUGUAUGUGCUUUAAUAAAUACUAAUCGUUAUCUAUCUUUAAACCUCGUGAUUUUUAUUCCCUCACUUAUUUGUUUACGUGGUCAUUGAACUGAAGUACAGAAAUGUUACUAUGACUAUGAGCAUCCGAAGACCCUCAGCAGUGCCUCUAUUGGUAAUCGCAGUGUGGAUGGGCUUAUAUGUGUAUUUUUAUCUGUUGCUUGGUAAAAAGAACUGGAGCACAAAACAGAAGUCAGUACCCAAUAGGAGAUUAUGUUUUUAUAAUGAGACGGCUGAUAAUUUGAGAUGGAAUUUACCAAACGUACCAAAACAUUCACUCCAAAAUGACUCGUUGGAACCCUUGUCAGUGGAGAUUAUGCAGCAUUUCACAUUGCUUAAUAAGACAUUGUGCCAAGGUUUUCUUAUAUUGAUUCUCACCCCAAUUCAUAACAGUGAAGAUGAUAUGGAGAGAUACUUGAACCUUAUCAAAAGUUUAGAUUACCCAAGACACUUGCUGUCUGUUUCCUUUGGUGAGGACGGUAGCCAAGAUAAAACAUUCUCCAAAGCACUCAUAGUCGCAGAGCAGUUAAAGGCCCUUGGCAUCCGCCGAGUAGAUGUUCACCAUUUCAACAUCACUGGUCAGGUAAGGGAUAGUUGGUUAAAUGAACAUUCAUAUGCAAAACAACUUCAAAGGAGAAGUCAUCUAGCAAAAGCAAGAAAUAUGCUUCUAGAAGCAGCUCUGAAGGACGAAGAUUACGUUCUUUGGUUAGAUUCAGACAUAAAAAUUGUUCCUCCGGAUUUAAUUCAACAAAUGCUUCACGCAAAUAAGGACGUUGUUUCAGCCUCUUGUCUGUUCAAAGACAGAAGUGGGCGCCUGCGCAUUUACGACAAAAAUACCUGGAGGGAAACGGUUGAAUCUUUGCAGAAACAAGAGAGAUUUCCAAAAAACCAACUUGUCGUAGAGGGAUACGGCCCAUCUUUGAAAAUAUAUCUCCCUCAUUUACGAGGUGAGGGAAAACGUGCUGUUCCUAUAGAUGGCGUUGGUGGUUGUAGCUUACUGGUAAAAGCGGAUUGUCACAGGAAUAGGCUUCGUUUUCCAGAGACUUUGUACAAGAGGCAUAUCGAAACGGAGGGGUUGGCAAAAAUGGCGGCGGACAUGGGAUACAGUGUGUACGGUUUACCUUUUGUAAACGUUUUCCAUUCGUAGAUUGAUUAAAGAUUUCUCUAAAAAUAAUUUCUUAAUUAUUAGGUAAACAAAACAAUCGAAGAACCUUUUGCAGUUAUUCUUUUAAUAAAUGCUAAGACCUGAAAGAACAUCCGUACAUCUCAAAGCGCAUGCCCACAUAGUUGUUUGCA